GUCUUUCUUCUCUCUCCCUCAACCUCUCCCUCUUCUCCUGCCCAUUGAGUAUCUGCAGCAACCAUGAGUCUCAAAAACGACGCCAAUGUCACUGGCGAGAAGGAUGUCAACGGCCUCCCCGGUGAAGGUCGUAACAACUCCUUCUCGGCACAUGCACGCGGCCGACAAUUCAGCGUCGACCCAGAAGACCAGGCCAUGGUAACAACCGACCAGAAUGCGCUUCAUCGUAAUCUGAGAGGUAGACACAUGCAGAUGAUUGCCAUUGGUGGUGCCAUUGGUGCCGGUCUGUUUAUUGGUUCCGGCGGUGCUUUCCAGACUGGUGGCCCAGGUUCUGUGCUUCUUGGUUUCAUGAUUAUCGGUCUCAUGGUCUAUCUCAUGAUGCAAGCCCUCGCAGAAUUGAGCGUCAUGUACCCGAUCAACGGCGCCUUCACCAUGUACAUCUGUCGCUUCGUCGAUCCCUCGCUUGGAUUUGCUUGUGGUUGGGAAUACGCUAUCUCUUGGCUGACGGUGCUUCCUUUUGAAAUUUCGGCUGCUUGCAAUAUUAUCCACUACUGGCCCGGAUCCGAUGGUAUCAACAACAGCGCUUGGAUCGUUCCACUUCUUGUCGCCUUGGUUGCUAUUCAAUUUUUCGGUGUGAGAGGAUAUGGCGAGGUCGAAUUCGUCCUCAGUAUUAUCAAGGUCACCGCCUGCGUGGGUUUCAUGAUUCUUGGAAUCAUCAUCAACUGUGGUGGAGUUCCAAGCGAUGACAGAGGCUACAUUGGAGCCCGAUACUGGCAUUCACCUUACGAGGCCUUCCUCAACGGAUUCCACGGCUUUUGCAGCGUCUUCGUCACCGCUGCUUUCGCCUACACUGGUACUGAGCUUACUGGAUUGGCUGCUGCUGAAGCCGAAGACCCCAAGAGGGAGAUCCCAAGGGCCUCCAAGCAGGUCGUGUGGCGUAUCUGUAUCUUCUACAUCGUCAACCUCUUCCUUGUCGGGUUGAUUGUACCUGAGAACAGCCCUCUGUACAGUGGAGAGGGUUCCGAAUCCCGCCACUCACCUUUCGUCAUUGCAAUCCAGCUCGCUGGCAUCAAGGUCCUCCCAUCCAUCAUGAACGCUGUCAUCUUGAUGGCUGUCAUGAGUGUUGCGAACUCGUGUACUUUUGGAUCGACCCGAACCAUCCAGGCUCUCGCUGCCAAUGGCAUGGGUCCUAAGAUCCUUGCUUACGUCGACAAGAAGGGCCGUCCCGUUUCGGUGGUCAUCCUCCAGCUUCUCUUUGGGUGCCUCGCUUUCAUCAACUUGGCCAGCGACGGUGGCACGAUUUUCAACUGGCUUCUGUCUCUGUCGGGUCUCGCCAUUCUCUUCGUCUACGGCAGUAUCGGUCUAGCUCACAUCCGCUUCCGCGCUGCCUGGAAAGCCCAGGGUCACACCGUGGACGAACUCCCCUUCCGCGCCGCGUGGGGUGUCUGGGGCUCAUGGCUUUGUUCCUUUAUCUGCUUGAUCGGUUUGAUCGCUCAAUUCUACGUCGCACUGUACCCAGUCGGCGGUCCCUACUUGAAUGCCAACACAUUCUUCCAACUCUACCUUGCCGGUCCCCUUCUCAUUUUCCUGUAUCUGUGUUGGAAGGUCUACAGCUGGAUUUACCGACCCUCAGAUCGCCCAUUGUUCACCAGGGCCAAGGAUAUCGACAUCUACACGGGCAUGAGAGAGACUCAGCAAUACAUCAGUGGUCGCAACGUCCCACAGGAUCAGAGACGUGCCAGUAUCCAAUCCUUGCAAGCGGAAAACGAGAAAAAGGGUGCCAAGGGUUAUAUUAUGUCUGUCAUCAGAAACAUCAUUUAGGCUCGAGAGGGUUGUUUUUUUUUGUUUUUCCAUUCCAUGGGAACCAUGGGACCAAGGAGAAACCCAAAAACUCGAGAGAAGGAAAGACUAAAGACUCCCCUCGGGGUGUUGUCUGUGAGCAUGAAUCAAACAGCGUUUUACGGAAUACGUUCGUAAAAUUUUCUGCAACGAACCGUAGCCGCUACAAUCACCGGGCAUGAGCCAAUCGUUGGGAGUUUUGGGGUGUGUGAGGGAGAGGAGAGGUGAAAGAAACGAGUCGUGUUGUUGUGUAUAGUACCGAUAGCCAAAUGUCAAAAAUAGUUAUACUUGAGGUACCGAUCAACAGAUACCCAGAUCCACGGACAAGGCUGCAG